CCUAUAACCUCAAAACUAUACGAAUAAAAACAAAAUAUCGUGGAGUUUUGAGGAAUAUUCCGCUCGAAAGCCGAUAACUGCAAUUACAUGUUGCAGUUGCCCGCAUAGCUCCAGCCAUUUGCCAUGAACACCCUUAUGCGCCGAGCACAACAGCUACGACUCUGGCGCACAUAUUGCAUAAAACAGAGCGCUGUCGCCGGCACUGAGGUCGCCUCGAGAGGAAAGCCCAGUUAUGAGGAGUUCAUUGGAAGCCGGCAUCAGCAGGCGCAGCGCAGCAUUGUGGUACAGGUCAGCUCGGAGAGGUCAUACACGGAAUUGUAUAACUACUGCAGCAGAUUUGGACGCAUUGUUAUCGCCCAGCACUAUUGUGUGCCGCACGAGGAUGAGCUACACUAUAUGCUGCUAGAGUAUGCCAGCGCCGGUGAGGCGGCCGCUGCCAUCAACUCAAGUGCCUACAAUGCGGAGCUGGGCAGCAGUGGCAGCGGUGUUCCGGUACGUUCGCCCUUCCUGUGGUUUCGAGCAGCAGCGUCUGGCCGUCGAGGGCUGGCCAAACUGGCUGCCAACCAGCAUCCACUGCCGUUGGCCACAAUCGACGGCACCCGACCGCCAACCCACGAACAAUUGCAGCAGCUGCUGCGCGGUGCCGAGAGUAUUGAGCAACAAAUUCUUAAACUCUACGAGCACACACGCUUAAAUGACUUGGGUGUACGGAUGCGAUUUUUGGCAGCGCUACAGGUCCAGCAGGCUAUCUCUGGCAUGUUUCCGGAUGCGCUGGCGCAGCCCUUCGGCUCCUCGGUGAAUGGCUUUGGCAAAAUGGGCUGUGACUUGGAUUUGAUAUUGCGCUUUGAUGGCGAAACAACAAUAACCGAUGGGCAGGAGAUGAGUGCAAAUGAACCGUCUCGUCUCAUCUACCACACCAAAGAGAACAUGAGUAACGGACGGUCGCAGACGCAGCGGCAAAUGGAAUGCAUCGGUGAUUUGCUGCAUUUGUUUCUGCCAGGCGUCUGCCAUGUGCGACGGAUUCUGCAGGCACGCGUGCCCAUUAUCAAGUACCAUCACGAGCAUCUAAACCUGGAAGUGGAUCUGUCCAUGAGCAACCUCACUGGCUUCUACAUGUCCGAGCUGCUGUAUAUGUUUGGCGAGUUGGAUCCACGCGUGCGACCCUUGACCUUUAGUAUACGCCGCUGGGCGCAAUCCUGCGGCUUAACAAAUCCCUCGCCUGGACGCUGGAUCAGCAACUUCUCGCUGACUUGCCUGGUCAUGUACUUCCUGCAGCAGCUGCGGCAACCCAUACUGCCGGCAAUUGGUGCGCUGGUGAAGGCAGCGAACGCCAGCGAUGUGCGGAUCACCGAGGAUGGCAUCAAUUGCACCUUCGCUCGAGACACGGACCGCUUGGGCUUUCGCAGUCGGAAUACGAGCAACCUGAGCGAACUACUGUUGCAAUUCUUUGAAUUCUAUUCACAGUUCGAUUUUCACAAUCGCGCCAUUUCGUUAAAUGAGGGUCGAGCACUGACCAAGCCCGAUCAUUCGGCCAUGUACAUUGCGAAUCCGCUCGAGCAGCUGCUGAAUGUUAGCAAGAACGUCAGCCUGGAGGAGUGCGAACGGUUGCGUAUCGAGGUGCGCAAUGCCGCCUGGAUGCUUGAGUCCGAGGUGGAGAACUCAACGCUGCCAGAGAGCGAGCGACAGGAUCAGUCCUGGGGUCUGCUCAAUCUAUUCAAGCAUCCCGAGAAGUCUGUCAUACGUCCCAACAUGUUCUUCAAGCCGCGCAUGGUCGAGGUCAGCGAUCUGUUUGACAAAUCCCAGGCGGCCACGACGGCAUCACCGCCCGUCAGCUACAAGAGCGCCACAGUGCGGCAGCAGGUGCAGAACAUCAAGGCGGCUGCGCGUAUCGAAAUGAAGGAACUGCGUGAGUCCAGUACAACGACGACCACAGCGAAGACCAAACGCAGCAGAUGAUAAACGGCGGCGGCAUUUCGACAUGUUCGACAAAUCCGGGCUUAGUGUAUAUAAGCUAUACAUACAUUAGUAUAACUAGAAAGUACUAGCACUACUCUGACCACUGAUUUACUAUACUAAAUGUUGUUCAUAUUGUUAAGCGUUACGCCCUAAAUGCAGCCGAGUACAGCUGCAACUAGGCACCUCCAACCAGCGUUAAGUAUUGUAGUUGUUUUAUUUUUUAUUUAAUAAAACUAAAAACAUGUGCUUUCAAAA